UCUACUCAUAACUUGUAUAUAGUUUGCUGAACAAGGUGAAGAGUAUUUUGUAGGUACAAAUGGACACAAAGGCUGAAAAUGGAGUCAUGCAGGAACACCAAGAGUUGGGCUGGGGAAAAUCCUUACCUGUACCUAGUGUCCAGGAGAUAGUGAGGAAUGACUCUCAGUCUGUUCCUGAAAGAUACAUACAAGAGCACAAGGACAAACCACUGGGUUCCGAUUCCUGUCCCGUUUCUUCUCAAAUCCCAAUCAUAGAUUUGCACUUGCUGGCAUGCGGAGAUGAAGAUGAACAAACAAAGUUGAAUUUUGCUUGCAAGGAAUGGGGUUUCUUUCAGGUAAUAAACCAUGGGGUGGCUGAGGAGGUUUUGCAGAAGAUGAAGACUGCUGUAGCAGCCUUUUUUGAGCUCCCUUUGGAGGAGAAAAAGAAAUAUUCUAUGGCAGAAAAUGAUCUUCAAGGAUAUGGCCAAGGAUAUGUAGUUUCAGAUCAGCAAAAACUUGAUUGGGGUGACCUGAUUUUCCUAUUGACGCUACCAAACAAGUAUAAGAAGAUGAAGUAUUGGCCAGUCACAGUAACAGGUUUCAAGGAGGCCAUUGAAGAGUAUGCAACUGAGAUGCACAAGGUGACAGAGGAGAUCUUGGGUAAUUUGUCAUUGUUAAUGGGCAUGGACAAAGACGGUCUGAGACUGUUGCAUGCAGAGAUGAAGCAAGCAAUGAGACUGAACUACUACCCAACUUGUUCCAGGCCUGAUCUGGUCCUUGGGGUCAGCCCACAUUCCGAUGCGAGUUCAAUCACCGUACUUCUGCAAGAUGACGAGAUCACCGGCCUCCAAAUCAGACACAAGGGAGGAUGGGUUCCAGUAAAACCAAUUCCUAACGCACUAGUCGUAAACAUUGGCGAUGCUAUUGAGGCUUGGAGUAACGGGAUGUACAAAAGCAUUGAACACAGAGCUGUCACAAAUGAGAAGAGAGCAAGAAUGUCUAUUGCAACUUUUUUGAUUCCGGAAGAUGAUGUGGAAAUUGGUCCGGUGGAUUCAGUUGUGGGCACCUAUCAUCAACCCGUAAUGUACAAAAAGAUCAAGUAUGUUGACUACCUUCGAUACACUUUGUCAAGGAAAAUGGAUGGAAAGGCUCACACAGAAUUUCUCAAGUUAGAAAAUGAGUAAUAAUCACCCCUGUAUUUUCACAUCUUGUACAAUAAGACAAACCAUGCACCCUUGCUAUCUAAGAAAAUGCAACUAGAUGAGAAUAUGUUGCAGGCAUUUAUAUUAUCUAUGGGAUUCAA